AUGCCUCGGCCUCCUCGCCUGCCACGCUCGUCGCGGCCACGCCACAACAACCAGAACCGACCUUCGGCAAUCACAGAGUAUCACCCAUGUGGAAUCCUUCGUCAUGGAAGCUACGAAGUUAUUGGAGGCCAGAAGAUAGGCUUCCCCGACAGAAUCGAGACUGAUUUUGUCGCCAACCCUGGUGGCAGUGGCCGAGCAUAUGUCGGGAUCCGUUUCCGCUUCCCGCGGCACUUGGAGAACCAGUCCUUUUCUAGGACCAAAGACGUAUUUUCGAUAGUUCUAAGAUUCCCGGCUGGAACAUUCUGUAUGUCCAUCGAGAAUCUUUCUCGAGGUACCUUCGAUUUGAUUUCGCCGCGCGAAGAGACCAACGACCUAGCUAUCAUCAACCUCAGCCUCGGUGAUGGCCAGACUGCCUCAGUCGAUGGUCUUGGACCGGCACUCCGUGAAGAGACGGAUCUCAUUGACAGCUACAUUAACGUGAACCAGGAAGCUCGGGGCUGGAAGACCUUGCGCGACAUCUUCAGCCAACGUCAGUUUCGAAUUCUGGCGAGGCGUGGGGUUCAGUCGUCGACCGCACUGGAGAAGUUCGCGUUCUUUCCCAGCUCUCAAAACCACCCUUACAGCCAUGUUCAUCAUUGGGAUUUAAGCCGCUAUAACCAUCAGAUUCCGGCCAACUCCAGUAAGACGCAGUAUCCAGAAAAGUUCGAAUUCGACAACACCGAAGAUGCCCUCACAACCAUGACCCAGUCUGUGGUCCAAGAUGCGUACUGGUUUUACGUCGACGUUCGAGAGAUCCGAGGCAUUCGGCAGCGCGCCUUCUUCUUGAAACAAGGUUCUCGCUCAACUGAGGAUACCGACUCCUUCUUCGUCUUGAUGACAUUGACACCUGAUAUUACGACUCGUUUCAGCAAAUCCGUCAAGCGCAUCACCAAACUCGGCCGCACGGUACGAAUCUCGUUCAGAAAGCCCCCAGCCCCAGGCACAAGGAGAAGAGACGGUAUGGUGGACAGAGACGAUCUCUUCUGGGAGGGUAUAAUCAGACCGACCUAUGCUGUCCAGAUCAAACACAAGCACAGUCUGGUACUUCACGCAAAGCGCCCGUCCAACCCGGAAUCAGCUGCAUUUGCUAUCCGCGACUACAAGAUCAAGACUUGGUCACCAGAGUCUGAGUCAGACGACUAG